UUGGUAGGGCGAUUUGCAGCAUGUUGCGCGGCUGUAUGACGGCUGAUGGUGGUUGCUUACAAUGAAGGAAAAACCCGCUAAAUGGGAAAAGUGUUUUUCAAACCAAUUAGAAUUCGCCACGUCAUUCACAGGCGGCGGUCAUUGAGGCUUCCGCGACACGAUUUCCUUUCUGGCCAAAUUUCAACUAUAAAACCACUCUCACUCUCAGUUUCCACCUUUGCACAAUUCUCUGUAAAAUCCAAAACCUUCUAAAAAAAUCUCAUAUUCUCUCUCAAUUUCACACUCAAUUCAGCUGCAAUGGCUUUGCUUGCACCAGGUGUUGGAUUUAUCCCUACCGAUGAGACUCUUGUUGGCUAUUACUUGGUUAACAAGAAUAGUCAAGAGCUUCAAGUUUUCAUUGGCUGUGACCUCAUCAAGGAGGUGAACUUGUAUGCUCAUGAUCCUUUUGAAUUGCGUUUUCCGUCGUCCUAUACUAUCCAGUCUCAGAGGCAGUUCUUCUGCUUUACUGCUAAAGUUGAGGAGGAGGUGAGACACUGCAAUACUGGGUUCUGGAUGAAGAAGGGAACUCCCUGCGAAAUUACCGGUGCUGGUAAUGUUGUCUUGGGUACCAAAACUCUGUUUAUUUUUUAUCUCGGAUGUUCCCCGAAUGCUGCUACCAGAACUGAUUGGGUGAUGUACGAGUAUACCUUGGCUAACAAGCCUCAGGCUCCGUUUGUUGUGUGUCGUAUCUUUGAGUGCCCUCGAGGAAUGGAUCUGGAUUCUGAAUUCGGGCCCAUAUCUGAAGUUGUAGUUGAUGCGGGUGAAGACGUCGGGAUGAUUGAAGUCGAGCAGAAUCUCGAGAGGGGUGCUGCUGUGCUAAGGAUGAAUGAAGAGGCUGAUGCUGCAGGGCCAAGCAAUCAGAAUGAGAAGUGCGUUACUCUUAUCAUCAACAUUACGUUGUACCUGGAUGAUGUGACUACAGCACUUGAUCGUGCUAUAAUGGAAGGAGAUUUUAUUGAGUUGGCUGAUCUUUCUUAGUUUUGUUUCUUUUUAAUCUCUUGUGAUUUGUAUUCUGAAUGGACUGAUGAUAACCAUGCUUAAGAGAAUUUUCAUGAAUCCAUCACCUAAGUAAUAAGGUAGUGAAUAAAAGAUCUUUCCUUGUUAAACUCUUGAACCAUGUUUAAGAAAUUAUUCCGUAUUUCUUCUUUUUUGGGCCUGCAGAUUUUUGUUUCGAACCUUAUGAAAGGCAAUUCGCAUCAGAUGAAUAGAGUUAGUGUUUGA